AUGUUGAUGCUAUCUAUGAGCUCUAUUUCUUCCAUGCUGGGUUAUGAGUACAGGGCGACAGAGUUCCAAGAAGAAGAAGAAGAAGAAGAAGAAGAAGAGAAGGAGGAGGAGGAGGAGGAGGAGGAGGAGGAGGAGGAGGGGAAGGAGAAGACAGAUCCAUAUAGUAGAGUAGAGAGCUAUGUUAGAGAACAGGUUGCUUCAGUGAUUUAA